UGACUGUAUUCUUAAGCACUUUGACUCCGAAAUUCUACUUUGCACUUACGGUGACUUCAUCUUUUAUAUCUGGACUGAUAUUUGUGUUUGAGUGGUGGCAUUUCCGAAAAUACGGCACGUCUUUCAUUGAGCAGGUUUCUGUGAGUCAUUUGAGGCCCCUCAUCAGCGGCACAGAAAACAGCCCUCCAGCACCAGCAGCAUUCUCUGCUGGAGAGAAUGAGACAAGCAGGCAGAAUAUGCCAGAGUGCAAAGUAUGGCGAAAUCCUCUCAAUCUUUUCAGAGGGGCGGAGUAUAGCAGAUACAUGUGGGUGACUGGGAAGGAGCCUCUUACAUACUAUGACAUGAAUUUGUCUGCUCAAGAUCAUCAGAACUUUUUCACGUGCGAUACAGAUGCCCUUCGGCCUUCAGAUACAGUUAUGCAGAAAGCAUGGCGGGAGAGAAACCCUCAAGCCCGGAUUAAAGCAGCGUAUCAAGCUUUAGAGUUGAACAAUGAUUGUGCCACUGCGUAUGUCCUCCUGGCUGAGGAAGAAGCAACAACUAUUGUGGAUGCUGAGAAGUAUUUCAAGCAGGCUCUGAAAGCAGGAGAAAUGAUUUACAGAAGGUCUCAGAACUGCCAUUCCCAAAGUCCCCAGCACGAAGCACAGCUGAGAAGAGACACCAAUGUAUUGGUAUAUGUGAAAAGGAGACUAGCUAUGUGUGCAAGAAAACUUGGAAGAAUACGAGAAGCAGUAAAAAUGAUGAGAGAUUUGAUGAAAGAGUUCCCACUUCUCAGCAUGCUGAAUAUUCAUGAAAACCUUUUGGAGGCACUGCUGGAGUUACAGGCUUAUGCAGAUGUCCAGGCAGUUUUAGCAAAGUAUGAUGAUAUCAGUCUUCCAAAAUCAGCAGCAAUAUGUUACACAGCAGCCCUGUUAAAAGCCAGAGCUGUUUCAGAAAGGUUCUCCCCAGAAACUGCCUCCAAAAGAGGGCUUAGUACAGCAGAAAUUAAUGCUGUGGAAGCAAUUCACAGAGCUGUGGAAUUUAACCCUCAUGUUCCAAAGUAUUUACUAGAAAUGAAAAGCUUAGUGCUACCUCCAGAGCAUAUUCUGAAACGAGGGGACAGUGAGGCAGUAGCAUAUGCCUUUUUUCACCUCCAGCACUGGAAGAGGAUAGAAGGGGCUCUAAAUCUGCUACACUGCACAUGGGAAGGCACAUUUAGGAUGAUCCCAUACCCGUUAGAAAAAGGUCAUCUUUUCUAUCCCUAUCCGAGUUGCACAGAAACAGCAGACAGAGAACUGUUGCCAACAUUUCACGAAGUCUCCGUUUACCCACAGAAGGAACUUCCCUUUUUCAUCCAUUUCACAGCAGGCCUGUGCUCCUUUUCGGCAAUGCUUGCCCUCCUUACGCACCAGUUCCCUGAGCUGAUGGUGAUUUUUGCUAAAGCUGUGCUGCGGGUGCUGUGGCCUGUGAGUGCUCCCAGCGUUCUGGCCUCCAGCUGA